AGCGUAAUUUACCUGGCAAGAAACAGAAGUCAACCAAACGUACCAGUAGUUCUAUGUAUCAGUGAAUGAGAUUUCGAAUGUCUUUUGUGAUUUAGUCGCUAAUUAUAAAUGAUUUUUUUUUCUUUUUUAUCAACGCCGGCGUACGAUCUCGCAGAAUUAAAUAAGAUCUAACCGCGCGGUUUUGAAAUGAACACCUCAAGGCAUAUCCAUUGUGUCGCUUGGUUUUGCGUCACAAUGUGUUCUCCAGCCUUGCUAAUGCUGUGCAGACGUCAUCGGAUGUUGUAAAAGGUUGUUUAAUAUCAUUCACAGAAAAUAAUCUCACUCGACGUGCAUCCCACGCUCCCGUACAUUUAAGACGAGUGUAAAGCGCACUGAAGCUAAAGAGGCGUCUACGCAUUUUUUUUUCCCGGUAUCCUUAGUCUCUAUUGAUUUCAGCGAUUUAAACACAUAAACAACGUGUAUCGUCAUUUUUCCUUUGUGCCUCUGACAGAAUUGUUCUCAUUCAGUAUGAAACCCGGAGGCGAAAACCACAGAUUUCAAGAAGCCUCCGAGAAAAGUUGUUCCUCCGCAAAUAUCGGCGCAGUCGUCAGCGGCCACAUUUUACUUCUAAUAAGAAAGAAAGAAAGAAAGAAAGAAAGAAAGAAAGAAAGAAAGAAAGGAAGAAAGAAAUAAAAAAAGAAAGAAAGAAAGAAAGAAAGAAAGAAAGAAAAAAGAAAUUAAGCCCGUGAACGAACCAGUCUCAUAUAAAUUUAAAGUAAGUGAGAAAGACAAAGAAAUGAUAAUGCCUUGUGUGCUUAUCAAGUGUGACGGCUACCCAUCGGUGCAGAAAAAGUUCGGAAUUUUCAUUGUUUCAGUCUAAAACAACGCACUUGAGAUUUCAUGCUUCAUCAGUAAAAACGUGUGCCGACGGAGCGCACCUCUUCAGCAAGCUUAGCUUGUCGAACCACUAUUGUCUACUUCAAGAGAAUAGGAACUGAGGCCCAUAUUCACAAAAAAGUUCUUUCUCUGGAAUUGUUCGUAUGAUUGAAUUGAAUAGCCAAUCGUGACGCUGGACAUAUCACUAUAGCGAAAGCUACCUACCAAUGGCAGAUAUCACUUACAAAGGAAACGCUUCCUAAAUUUUAAAUCUAAGCACACGGGUGUAUUCGCACUUCGCCCCCAUUGAAAUGCGGCCGCCGUGGCCAGGAUUCGAUCCCGCGACCUCGUGUUCAGCAGCCCAACACCAUAGCCACUGAGCAACCACGGUGGUUUGUUUCGAAAGAAUAAUGCUUGUCUUUCAGUUUAACUUAUUUUACGAACGUUCACAGUUCAGGGCAGGUCGACUUCAUAACUCCGGCCACGGCCGUAUUACAUGUGUUGCGCAUAGUAUAUACUUGAACGGAAUCGUCAAAAAAAAAAAAAAAAAAGGGAACCUCGGUAGUGCAAAAUUAAUUGUUGUUGCAAAAGCCGCAUGAUGCGCGGUUGAUUAUGAUUUUGGUUAUAAUAUGACAUCUUGCGUCUCGUGUGUCCGAUAUGUACACUACGCGCCUUGCCAUAGCAUUGUACGCCAUGUCACAUAUAUCGCUACUACCAGUAAUCUUUGCAAACGCAUUCAAUGACGUCCUCCUUGACAAUAACUUCUAGCACGUGUGGAGUUGCCAAUCACGAUGAGUGGUGCACACACGAAGCCGGGGUGUUUCUCUGGAAUCCCCACCGCUCACACACUUUCAACCAGACCGGCGGUUUCCUCCCCACGGACACCUGCGUCACCUCCGUCGCUUUUCACCCGCAGAGGGCGUCAGUUUUGGUUGCAGGCACAGUGCACGGAGACAUCAUGAUUUGGGACAUGCAAAAUACAAGUGACCAGUGGGCUUCAUCCCCAAAUGUGAUGCAUGACAAUCACCGAGAUUUGGUGAAAUGCGUUGAGUGGAUCGGAAACGCUGAAGAUUCGAACUUUCUGCUAAGCUGUGGUUUAGACGGCAUGGUUAUUCAAUGGAGACAUGAUACUCGAAAGAGCAACCUUGAAGUCGUCAACUACUUCUUACUGCUAGCCGAAAACGUACGACUCAAUAAGCAGGUUCCAAGCGGAGGAAGCGGAACACAUGUCGGAGUGACGUCACUUGCCAAGAACCAUUUCGACGACGCCGUCUUCGUGAUGGGAACUGAAGGAGGCGGAGUCCUCCAAGGGUCGCUCAGUCUUUCGCGGCCGAUAGCAUCCUUAGUCGUGGGCCACGGAUCGCUAGAGCGCACCUACAGCUGUCCAGUCGUGGCACGAUUCCCUCCCCACCGUGGUCACACACUCGACGUCCACUCGUCUCCCUUCGAGAGGAAUGUGUUUGCGUCAGGCGGCAUGGACAGAGAAGUCAAAGUGUUCAGCUUGCUGCAGCUGGAGCCCGUGCUGACCAUUCCACUUCCAGAGGCGGCCAUUAGGGUCCGUUGGUCUCCUUCGCAGCCGACUCUGCUAGCGGCGCUUCAGGGCGACGGCCGCCUUGACUUCUACGACCUGCGUCGCACCACAGCUCCCGUGGCGGAGUUUCCACUGAACACGGAACGUGGCGCUGGCACUAGCCUCGAGUACUGCGCGCGCAGCCCAGACCUGGUCUUCGUCAGUCGCGGUCCCGGCAACACUCAAGUCUGGCAGCUGGGUUCCAAGUUGGUGGCGGCAGGCGAAGUAAACCAGAGCGACCUCAUCAGGGAUGUGGCCAAUGGCACCUUUGCAUCUGAGUAGCCCGCACUCCUCGGGUCGAUAGCCAACAUCCAACAUUGGCUACGUCCAGUGAACUUUGUUCGCUCACGGAAACGAGAGUGGAGGUGCACCUUUCAUCGGGAUUGACGUUUCAUUGAGAACGACAUGAAAGAAGGAAGUACACGGAUGAUCCGUCACAUUUGCCCCACACGCGGCUAGAAAAAUAUUUCGAAAGAAAGGGCUCCCAACUAAGGGAAUAAACUGCACUGGGCCCCAGAUGA